AUGGAUUUUCAAGGCAACAAAGCCAUCAGUUGUACCAAAUAUCGGUUCCUGUACUUCAACCCAAACUUCACUAAAUCUCUCAAAUGGCAGUGGCUCUGUAACCAACAUGGACCCAUCGAGUAUAGAAACCGGAAACGUAAGAUAAUUGGAUCACCUCCAUCGGUGAAUUCAAAAACUAAACAAAAGAAAGCAAGGCCAGGUUCGAACAUUACAGGACCAUCGAGUUCUGGUCUUCCACAAUUGUUUGAAACAGAUUCAAAUCCUGAAGCUACUCAGUGUCCAAACCAAAACAAAACAAAUGAAUUCAUUCCUCCACCAAGGUUCAUCGUACAGGACCAUCCUGAAGCUUACAAUAAUCGAUAUGAAAUAGAGAGUGAGUCUGAAAAUGAAGAUGAAUAUGACGACAAUCAGACUUACAAUGGCUAUCCUGGUGGAGAGUCUUUGAUAAACCCAUCACCACAAUAUAUCCCACAACAAGAAAAUCAUACCGUUACUUCAUCUAUUACUAUAGGGUUACAAAAAAACGGUUAUUACGACGAAGGGGAUCCAGUUUGGAAUUGUAGGUUUUGUCAAGCAUACAUGUGGUAUGGUGAAAGAAUUGGAAAACGCCGUCGUAGCAAGAAACCUGUCUUCUCAAUGUGUUGUAAACAUGGAAAAGUUGUGCUUCCUCGCCUCGCGAAUCCUCCAAUGGAGUUAAUGUAUUUGUUAUGCAAAGGAGACGAAUUAAGUAAACAUUAUCGAGAGUUUAUACGAGCUUACAAUAUGAUGUUCUCUUUCACAUCACUUGGGAAGAAGAUAGAUCAUUCUAUUAACAAUGGUCGUGGACCAUUUGUUUUUCGAAUGUCCGGUGAGAACUAUCAUCGUAUUGGUGAUAUAGUUCCCGAGCCUGGACAAGCUCCAAAAUUCUCCCAGCUGUAUAUCAUUGAUACUUUAAAUGAGAUAAAAAAUAGACUUGACGCUUAUGCCGGGUCGGACGGAGCUAGCGCUAAGAAACUAAGAGAACCACUUGUUCUUCUUCUGCAGAAUAUGUUAGAUCAGUAUAAUCCUCAUGUUAAGGCUUUUAGAUCUGCAAGAGAUAGGUUCGACGUGGAAGGAUCAACAGGUUAUAGGAUGAGGUUGAUUGAAAGUCGGCAAUCUGAUGGACGGACCCAUAAUCUGCCCACUGCAAAUGAAGUUGCUGCUUUGAUACCUGGAGAUUUUGUUUUAAAUAUGGAGCCCCGAGAUAUUGUUCUAGAGAGUACAAGUGGAAAGUUGCAAAGGAUAAGUGAAUUACAUCCGGCGUAUUUGCCUCUGCAGUAUCCACUAUUGUUUCCAUAUGGAGAGGAUGGUUUUCGAUUAAAUAUUCCAAUUGGUUUUGAAGACACGGCUGGGAGAAAACGCAAAAAUGUAACUAUGCGUGAAUACUUUGCAUUUCGCAUUUUAGAGAGGAAGGGGGAAGCACCCACGAUUACGAGAUCCGGAAGAUUGUUUCAUCAGUUCCUUGUGGACGCCUACACAAUGAUAGAAUCGAGUAGACUGCGUUACUUAUGGCUGAAUCAGAAAAAACUCCGGUCAGUUAGUUAUGAUGCAAUCCAGAAGGCAGCUGCAAAAGGCGGAGCUAAGAUGGCUGAGCAAGGGAGCCGAAUUUUCAUCCCAGCAACUUUCACCGGAGGAAAAUGUUAUAUGAAGCAGCAUUACUACGAUGCCAUGGCUUUGUGCAAGUACUAUGGAUUUCCAGAUCUUUUCAUCACUUUUACGUGCAAUCCAAAAUGGCCUGAAGUUACAAGGUAUCUGAAAAAAUAUAACCUUACCACCGAAGACAGACCUGAAAUUUUGUGUAGAGUUUUCAAGAUGAAACUCGAUAAUCUUAUUGAGUUUUUGACAAACAAGGACGGCUCCUUAUUUGGUCCAGUUUCUGCAGUAAUGUACACGAUUGAGUUUCAGAAAAGAGGAAUGCCACACGCUCAUAUUCUCGUCUUCAUGCAAAAUGGAGCCAAAUUUCCAACAGCUGAUCAUAUAGACACUAUUAUAUCGGCUGAGAUACCUGACAAGACGGUAGAUCCAGACCUGUAUGCAAUCGUUGGGGAUUGUAUGAUGCAUGGUCCUUGCGGUCCAGCAAAGAAGGAUAAUGUAUGUAUGGUUAACGGUAAAUGCUCUAAGAUGUUUCCGAAACGACUGAACAUCAGGACAUCGAUUGACGCAAAUGGAUUUUCAGCUUACAUGCGUCGUAUUGAUGGUAGGUUCAUUGAGAAAAAUGGAAUCAGAUUAGACAAUGGAUAUGUUGUACCUUACAAUAGAAACCUCAUGCUUAGAUAUCACGCGCAUAUGAAUGUCGAGUGGUGCAUCCAAACGCGUGCUGUUAAGUAUCUUUUCAAAUAUAUCCAUAAGGGACCUGAUUAUGCUUCAGCUGCAAUGGAUAAAGAAGAUGAAGAUGGCGUCAUCGACGAAAUCAAAACAUAUUACGACUGCAGAUAUAUAACUGCAUGCGAGUCAUCGUGGCGGGUUCUUGCUUUUCCUACACAUUUUCGUACUAUUUCUGUAGAGAAAAUUGGAUUUCAUCUCCCUGAUCAGGAGCUGGUGUUUUUUGAUGAAGAUGAACCUAUUGAGAGUAUCCUCAAGAAAAAAUCUGUCAACCAAUCCAUGUUUCUGGCGUGGUUCAUAGCAAAUCAAAAAUAUCCAGAGGCAAGAGAUUUGACAUAUGCCGAAUUUCCAACAAAAUUUGUUUGGAAAGCAAGUAUGAGAGAAUGGGUACCACGUAAACGAGGCUUUGCGAUAGGGAGGAUUGCACAUAUUAAUCCAUCACAAGAUGAGCUAUAUUUCUUAAGAGUAAUGCUAAAUUGGGUAAGAGGGCCGAAAUCGUACGAGGAUAUAAGAACAGUUGAUGGUGUUGUAUAUUCUACAUACGAAGAUGCUUGCUAUGCUUUGGGUUUGAUGGAUGAUGACAAGGAAUACAUAGAAGCUAUCAAAGAUUGUAGUGAUAAUAGUUCUGGCACGUAUGCGAGGAAGCUUUUUUCGAGAAUGUUGGUAUCCAAAACAUUAUCUCAGCCUCAUGUUGUGUGGGAAGCUACUUGGGAGUAUCUAACCGACGAUAUUCUCUACAAGAAACGACGACAAACUGGAAAUCCCGAGUUGAACUUGACCAUAGAUCAUAUCAAAAACAUUGCUCUAACCGAGAUUCAAAAUCAUUUGCUUAGCAAUGGUCGUAGCCUCCAGAAAUGGCCCCUAAUGCCCAAGCCAGAUGAUUUUGGUUGUUACAACGGCAAUCGCCUUAUAGAUGAUGAGCUUAAGUAUGUUGUGGAAGAUCAGCUAAAGAAAAUGAAAGACUUAUGGCGAUGA